ACUGGCGCAGAGAGGCGGUUUUACUUUUCGAAAAUGGUGUUCGAAUUCAUUAGCCGUUUUAUCUGACGUUCCCGCUGAACAAUUGGCAACAAAAUCAUCGUUAAGGUUCGACGACAAGGAGACAAUUAGUACGCUUGGUAUAUGUUGGGAACCAGAAAUUGAUACGUUCCAGUUCAACAUUUCUAUUACUACGAAAUCAGUGAGAGACACCAUGCGUAGCAUACUAUCAAUGAUUGCUCAACUGUAUGAUCCAUUGGGAUUGAUUUCACCUGAUUUCAAAAUCGAGAGUGGCUCCACUGAAGGCAUUGACGAUUGCUAGACUUGAACUUUGCGGUGCAUUAUUAGGAGCUCGAUUGCAUGAGAAGGUAAUGGCUGCAAUGGAGAUUAAGUUCGUUGCUCAUCGAUUUUGGACCGAUUCUACCGUGGUGCUAGAUUGGCUAAAUGCUGAAUCAAAGACUUGGAAAACAUUCGGAGCAAACCGAGUUGCUGAGAUCCAAGCAAUUCGAGAUGCUGUUUGGCAACAUGUAUCUGGACAAGAAAAUCCAACAGACCUUAUUUCACGCGGAGUUUUACCGCAUCAGCUCAUCAACAAUCAAUUGUGGAAACAAGGUCCACAAUGGUUAUCAGAGAGAAAGGAGAAUUGGCCCCAACAAAAAGAGAGAACAGGUCAAAUUACAACAGACGAAAUAAGAUCGAAUAUCGUUUUAACAACGCAAAUACAAGAAAAAAAUGAAAUAUUUACAUGAUAUGGGUCAUACCAGAAGCUAAUCGACGUGGUUGCAUAUUGUUUUCGUUUUGUUCAUAAUGCUCGUCGUCUGCAACCAAGAAUAAGCAAUAGUACAUUGACGGUAAAGGAACUUGCUGAUGCUAAAAAGCGACUUGUAAAACUUGUGCAAGCUGAAACAUUUACCAACGAUCUUCAUAAAAUCCACAAAGGGAUUCCUGUUGCUCGAAGUUCAACGUUGAAGCUUUUAAACCCGUUUAUAGAUAAUGAAGGAAUAAUCCGCGUUGGUGGCCGGCUCAGAAAUUCUGAUUUGAAUUAUAAUACUAAGCAUCAAAUAGUUCUUCCUGGAUUCCAUCUAUUUACUCAACUCCUGAUCAUGGACAAACAUGUAAAAGCAAUGCAUGGAGGAAUAUCAUCAACUCUUAACGCAGUUACAGAUGAGAUCUGGCCAAUCAAUAUAAAAAGAGCUGUACGUAAGGUCAUACGAAAUUGUUUUCGAUGUUGCAGAGCAAAUCCACAACCUAUAAUUCAACCUGAAGGGCAACUACCAGCAGAACGUGUUACAGUUAACGAGGUGUUCAGUUGUACGGGUCUAGAUUAUUGUGGACCUUUGUAUUUGAGGCCAACACACCGCAAGGCCGCACCAAAUAAGUGCUACAUUUGUGUAUUUGUCUGCAUGUGUACGAAAGCAGUACAUUUGGAAUUAGUCGGAGAUUUGAGCACUAAUUCGUUUCUGAUGGCACUUGAUCGCUUUGUUUAUCGGCGGGGUAAACCAAAGCACAUUUAUUCAGACAAUGGUACCAAUUUUAUUGGUGCCAAAAAUGAACUUGAUCAUAUCUACAAAAUGCUGUUCAACGAUUCUGCAGAUAGCAAAAUAGCAAAACAUUUGGCAAAAGAAGAGAUACAAUGGCAUUUGAUACCCCCACGCGCCCCAAAUUUCGGAGGCCUUUGGGAAGCGGCGGUGAAGGUAGCCAAAACCCAUUUGAUUCGUCAACUAGGAUCAUCGCGUUUAUCAUCGGAGGAAAUGACUACUGUUUUAGUAAAAAAAGAAGGUUGCAUGAACUCGCGACCAUUAGUUCCGCUUUCUGAAGAUCCCAAUGAUUUGACGGCAUUAACUCCAGCGCACUUUCUCAUUACAAACAAUUUGAAGGUUAUUCUCGAACCUGACUUGAAAGAGGUGCCUAUGAAUCGUCUGGGAAGAUACCAACUCCUUCAGCGGUACACGCAAAACUUCUGGAUGCGCUGGAAACAGGAUUAUCUGAAAAAUCUUACUGUUUUGCAUCGGUCAGCUAAGCAAUCUAAGCAAUUAUCAGUCGGAGAUAUAGUUAUCCUGAAGGAUGAGCAGCUUCCAGCAGUUCAAUGGCCAUUGGCACGUGUCGUCGAAAUACACCCUGGAGCUGAUGGAAUUUCCCGAGUUGCAACACUUCGUACGGCAUCCGGUAUUGUGAAGCGAGCAGUAUCUAAAAUCUGUCCGUUAGAAUGUAGUAAUCAAAGAAUGGAUUGAAAACGGAGUGUUUCAAGGUGGCCGGUAUGUUCGAUCUCAAAUGACCUGCGGUUCUACCACAGUGCCGGAUUAUGGCAGCUGAUGUUUUAUCAUUCUUGUGGGUCUAGGGAGCUACCGCUGUGAAAGGGGAACCGCCUUUUUGAGGCACUUGUCACGAGCCGAAGCAAAGCGAAGCACGCAUAAAUGGUGUGAAUAAAGAAGUUAACUUUACUUUCCAACAGAGAACAAACGAUUGAUUAUUUCGUGUAAAAACAGUUAAAAUAUCAC